CGUUCUCCGAUUGGUCAAGACCUUGGUCGCUCAUGAUGUAAUUCCCCAUUGUUUCCGAUGGGUUCGGGUAAAAAUUGGAACAGGGAAAGACAAAUAGAUGACAAAAAUAUGGUUAAAAUCAAAAGAAAAUGAAGCUUUCGUACCUUUUUGUACUUUUUAGACUACUUUUGGUGCGUUUGAAUAAUAGCUAUGGCAAGCAUGAAUUUCGUAAAGAAGCGAAAAUAGUUUGACUUUCGUCAAAGGAGAAAAAUGUUUCUUGGCUUUUUGUUUUUUUUCGCGUGGAUCGGCUUGAAAGGAGCGAACUGUGAAUACCUAGAAGCAUGUAAAAAGACUAAAAUCGAGGAGAAUGUGACGUUACGCGGAGGAAUCGGCGCUGGUACAUUUCGUAAGCUGGCGAAAGUCACGAGUAUGGCUUCGUGUAUUGAACUUUGCUGUAAGACAUCCUCGUGCGAUGUCGCGUUUCUGUCCAACAUGAAAUGCUAUGGAGUGGAAUGUGUAAGCGACGCGGAGUGCGAAUCCACCACGACCGAUACUUCCGAUACCAAGGUGCUAAUAGCGCACGUUCGGACGGGAAAGAAGAAAGAAGGCAAGUCACCGCUUGCUCUCGCUGGGAUCCCGACACACAACACCCCUACUUUCAAGCAAGCUGCAAAAGCGCCGCUAAUCAAUACCCUUGGCAUCAACCCACAAGCAAAGGGUAUCAUCCCAGGACACCCUCCGAAUAUGGGCCCUGCGAGCGGCAGGACCGCUGGUAUGACUACUGUGGCACCGAAGGCGCAAGUAGAUAAUCACCCAGCAAACAUUAGUCCCGGACUGGCGGGCCAGUGCAAGGCGGGAAAAAUGCACUUCCAGGUGACUCUCAAGGGAGGCAUCAAAGCGGGCACAUACAAGGACGUUGGUGCGGUAGCUGACAUGAGAGAAUGCGCGGACAGGUGUUGUGGGUAUGCGCAGUGUGACUUGGCGUUCUUAUUGCGCAGCCGGUGCUAUCUCGUCGGGUGCUCGGACGUUAAAAGCUGCGACUUGCAGAAAGCUAAACCCUCUCCGUAUAAUCCGGCAAUUGCUUAUGUCUCACGAUGGAACAGUGAAGGCGUCAAACACACAAUCAAUGUCAAAGAUGACGUCAAUUCCAACUAUAAAUGCAGCCCGAUGAAACUAAUGUCAAAAGUGACCCUUAAGGGUGGGCUCAAGGCAGGGGAUUUCACAGACACCGGGAAGGCCAACAAUAUCGGCGAGUGCUAUGACCUAUGCUGUCAGCAACCUACCUGCAACCUUGCUUUCAUGUUAGGGCAAAACUGCUUUUCCGUCAAAUGCUACACCAAGGACUUGUGCUCGACUAUCCCCGCGCAACCGUCUAUAUAUAACCCACAGAUAGCGUACGUCUGGAAUAGAAAAAUGACUCCGCACAAGGACAAGCCAGAACAAGCUCCAUCAACAAAGUCUGCUAUUCCAAAGCCCGCGCCCAGUUGCCCAAACACGAAGAUUGAAGAGCAGGUUACCCUAGUAGGCGGGCUCAAUGCUGGCAGUUUCCACGACAACGGCAAGGUGACAGACAUGACGCAAUGCCGUAGAAUCUGCUGCGAAAAGCCAAUGUGCAACCUCGCUUUCAUGCUGGGUGUGAGCUGUUUCACCGUUAUCUGCAAAAAUGUGGCUUUGUGUAAGACAAUGCCGGCAAAGCCAUCACAGUUCUCGCCAAAGAUUUCCUUCGUCAGGCCUUUUGGAUCAAAUGACUUUAUAGGCUCCCCAACUGCAAAAUCAUCCACACCCCCAGUACCACCUGCCUCUCUCAGUACGAUCUCAACUACACCACAGCCAAUCACAACAUCUGCACCACAGCCAAUCACAACAUCUGCAGCACAACCAAUCACGACGCUUGCAGCCGGACCAGAUGUGACAGGCAUGGCGUCACCGGCCGUACCAGGGCCGCAAGCUGGUUUACCAGACCUUCCUGGACUUGGUGAGCCCCAUGGGCCAGGAAAUGGGCAGCCACCUCUUGAAGCUUUCGGGCAGCCACUUUUGCCACCACAGCCGAGCAGUCCCUUUAACCCAAUGCAAUCGACAACCACCCAUCCUCCGCUACCUAAUCACGUGACAGAAGCCCAGCAGGCUAUGGCACCAGGCCUCCCGGCCCCUGACAAGCACCCGCAGUCUGCCAUGCCCGCGCUUCAGACUGGUCAGCAGUCUGCCAUGCCCGCGCUUCAGACUGGUCAGCAGUCUGCCAUGCCCGCGCUACAGGCUGGCCUUGAGGCCAUGAUGUCGGACUCGUCUAUUCCAGAUAAACCCAUCACUGCUAACAAACCACUGAAGAUUCCCAAACCAGAAGAGAAACCGGAAGUAAAUUUGGGCAGUACCAUAACAAAAGCGAGGCCUGGCCAGGCGAUGAAGAUGAACAUCGUGGAUGGCAAGCUACAACUCACCCCAGUCGACACGGCCGCAAACGAAACCGAGGCUGACAAGAGCAAGCCAAAGAAGCCAAGCGGAGCCUUCGAUGCAAUUUUCGGCGGUGAGUCAGAGGAAAAUGACAAAUGCAUGGCAACAAAAGUCUUAACAGACGUCACUCUGAAAGGAGGGAAAAAAGCCGGCAAAUUCAAAGAUCACGGUGACGUCAAAAACAUGAGAGCCUGCAAAAAGCUAUGCUGUCAGGACGAGGAAUGCAACCUCGCCUUCAUGUUAGAGAAAACAUGUUACACAGUCACGUGUAAGAAUAAAGAUCUUUGCGAUCACACGUCAGCCCCGCCCUCUAACUUCAGACCACGUGUGUCUUACGUCAGGCCGCUGGACGAGGGAGAAACAGAGCCAGAAAAGCCGCAGAACUUUCAAGCAAUCCCGAAGGCUCCAGCAAACCUUCGCUGUCGCCCUAGCAACAUCACGAAUGACAAGGUACUGGCUGGUGGGAUGGGCAAGAAAAAUUUCACAAUCAUCCAUGACGUGGAGGACAUGGGCGAGUGCAUGACGAAGUGUUGCCAUGACAACAAAUGCGACAUCGCGUACUAUGUAGACAGCACGUGCUACGCCGUGACAUGCUCCACUAAAGCUGCCUGCAGGCCGGUCAGCGGUAAAGGCAGGGGGAAGGUUCCUCUUCUGUCCGCCAUGUUGAUGAAACCAAAAGAACCUGAGGAUGACGUCAUUGGUGGAUUUGAUAUCGGUGAGGGUGGCGAGGAAAAGAGCUCAGCCUCAGAAGAAGUCACCAACUUACAGCAAUACGAGCCCCAUCAUGCGUGCACGGGCAGUAGGAUAUCAAGCGGAGUGUCACUACGAGGAAACAGGCCAGGGAACUUCACGUCAAUGGGAAAUGUUGAUAACAUCAAGAUGUGCAUCGCGUUGUGUUGCACGAGACCAAGGUGCGACAUUGCAUACAUGGAGAAUAACAAGUGUUUCGCAGUGCACUGCAACGACGGAGUUCAGUGUCAAACCGCCGCCCACCAGGCAGAUGACAACACAAACGUCAAGUUCGCAUAUAUGGACAGACACCAAGCACAGCCCGUCAAGGAGAGGGAUUGGAUGAUCGUGUACAUCAUCGCGGGCUCACUCGCGUUUGCGGCCGGGCUUGGAGGUGUCAUAUGGGCUGCCUGUGUUUGCACUAAAAGAAAUAAGAUCAUAAAACAACGGAGAUUGCUUGAGGACGAAGAAGACGAGGAUGAUGAAAUGUUGCCAAAGCCCACCUCAACCCGGUACCGAACUCCAAUGCACAGAUAUUAGGCGGAAAUUAAUGGGGAACACCGCUGGACCAGGCCAUGCUUUGACGGGCGCUGAGACAGCAAUUUUCACAUAGUGGCGGACGGUGUCUCGUGUCAUCUUAUAAUUGCUAUAUUAACAACUCAUUACUUUCUUAUGGUGUAACUUAUUUACUCGUUUACACACCAAAUUUACGCCACUCUCGGAAAGACACCGCACAUAAAGCGUAGCUGCUUGACAACAAUACUGUAUUACUUUGCUAUUUCAGUCUGACUUGUCGUACACCGUGUCAGACACCGUGGCAAAACACUGUAAUGAAUCGGAAAGGAAACAAACGUUCGGGUCUUUUUUCCUCUUUUUUAUAUAUCAAUUAACUCUUACAAACGACAACCUAGUCAGUAUUAACCGUAUUAUAAUUUAUCCCUACCGCAUCGAGGUUUUCGUCAGGAGCGAAAAAUGAUUUUUUUUUCUUCUUCGAUAUCGGACACCACAUUUUUUUAAAUAUUAAGACAAGACUCGAAGUAGGAGACUGAUUUUUUAAAGAAAUUAUCUCGCAAAUGCAUUUUUAAAUGGUCUUGCUCGUUGCUGUAUGUAUUACUAUUUAGGCACAUUAACUGAACUCUGUGAUGAGCCACAACAGAGGAAUAAUUUAAUAAAGUACAUCUAUUUUCUCA